GACACAGAGGAGAUUUCCCUUCCUGAGAGCAACAUGCAGAUUGACCUCAAAAUCCACCAACUCGGGACACCUCCUCUGUGGAUGCAUCCUCUGGUGAUUUCACCACGCCGGCUCUGGGACGUUCAGCUGUGAGUGAUCGAGGACUGUAGCCACCAUGAGUGCCGACACCGUCUGCAGAGCAGAACAGGACUCGGAGCACAUGGGCGAGCUGGCCGACUUGGUGGCAGCCAUAAAUGUAACCCCACCUGAUGGUUACAGGUCCGGUGCUCCGAGGACCACCAGAGUCUCACACAGAAAGAUGUCACUGCAGGAGAGAGACUGCCGCAUGCCCCGAGAGCCCACCAUCGAGACCAAACGUGUGUCCAUCACAGAUGCUGAUGAUUGUGUCCAGCUCAACCAGUAUAAGUUGAAGAAAGAGAUUGGGAAGGGUUCAUACGGAGUGGUAAAGUUGGCUUAUAAUGAAGAUUCUGAGAAAUACUACGCAAUGAAAGUUGUUUCAAAGAAGAAGCUGAUGAAGCAGUGUGGAUUUUUUCGCCGACUGCCUUCUCAAGGAUCAAACUCCGCGUUCCCUCUGGAGAAAAUAUACAAGGAGAUCGCCAUCCUGAAGAAACUUGACCAUAGUAAUGUUGUAAGGCUGGUGGAGGUGCUUGAUGAUCCCAAUGAAGAUGGACUUCAUAUGGCCUUCGAUUUGAUGACAAAAGGCCCGGUGAUGGAGGUGCCUACAGAAGACCCUUUCACAGACGAGCAGGCUCAUUUCUAUUUCAUAGACAUCGUCCUGGGAAUAGAGUACUUGCACUAUCACAAGAUCAUCCACAGGGACAUCAAACCCUCCAACCUGCUGCUGGGGGACGACGGUCACAUCAAGAUCGCAGACUUUGGUGUGAGCAAAGAGUUUGAGGGGACGGACGCCAACCUGUCGAGCACCGCAGGGACUCCGGCCUUCAUGGCCCCCGAGAUGAUGACCGACCACGAGCAUAGCUUCAGCGGGAAGGCAUUAGACGUGUGGGCGAUGGGAGUCACACUCUACUGUUUUGUUUUUGGGAAGUGCCCUUUUUUUGAUGAAUACAUAGUGUCUCUCCGCCACAAGAUCAAGAACAAACCUGUGGAGUUUCCAGAGGCGCCAUUGAUUAGUAACACAUUGAAAGAGCUCAUUGAACGGAUGCUGGAUAAAAACCCCGAAACAAGAAUCAGCAUCCCUGAAAUUAAGCUCCAUGCGUGGGUGACGGAGAACGGCUCCAAUCCUCUCCCUCUGGAGGAGGAGCACUGCACGGCGGUGGAGGUCACAGAGGAGGAGGUGCAGAACAGCGUCAAACUCAUCCCCAGCCUCUCCACUAUGAUUCUGGUGAAGUCCAUGCUGAGGAAGCGGUCUUUCGGUAAUCCCUUUGAGUGUCUGGUCAGACGGGCUGAGAGGUCCAUGUCUGCCCCUGGAGGUCUUCUUACUGGCUCUUGGGGCUUAUUGAGGUCCUCGUCUCAGCUUCAUCCUUCCUUGAGGAAAAUCAGCAACGAAGGCAGCAGAGACGGCGAGUUGGAGAACUUGUAUGAAGACGAUGCAUAUACAGAGUGUUCAGAUUAAAUUGACACAUGGACACAGAUUAAAAAAGUGCAGAAAAUAAUUUACCUUACCUUAACGUACCUUUUUCUGUCCUCAUUUUUACUUUUACUUCAUGUUUGCUGUGCUUACAUGCUAAAAAUUGGUUUCUCACUUUAAUACAUAA